AUGGCCGAGGCUGCUGUUGCUGCCGUCAGCCUUGGUGCGUCGGUUAUAAGCUUCAUUGGACUGACAGGCCAAAUUCUUCAAGGCUGUCGGUUUAUUUGCGACUGUUUCGAUGACAUUAAUGGCGCACCGAAAGAGAUACUAUACAUACUUGAGCAGCUGAAAUGUUUCGAGAAAGGGCUUCGAAACUUUCAAUGUACCCUUGAAAAGAUGAAGCAGUCCACAGACAUAUCAGAAUCAGAAGACGAGAUCAAACUAGCCCUGGAGCUAAGUGGGCUUACUGUCAAAGAACUUCAAGAAUUUGUCAAUAAAUAUAAGCGUAAUGGGAGGAAUGAUUGGUGGAAAGGCUUUAGAUUCGCCAAAAAGAAGAAUGUAUUCACCAAAUAUGCCAGCAGACUCCACCAGGCGAAGAUCGAUAUUAUUGGCAUACAAUCCAGAUUGAAUCUGUAUGACAACACUUCAUCCUCCCAAAGAAGGAUAGCUGCUUACGACAUACAACAAAUGGUACUUGCAGCUGCCACCACACAAUCUACGCCCAGUGCCUCGACAACCAUAAUAACUACACAAACCACCCAAGCUUCGAACAGAAAAGAAGUUCUUAUUAGCGAUCGGACCUACGAAGAUGUCACAUAUGCCAUUCAUGAAGGUGUUUAUGCUGGACUUGACCCAAUUUUGGCGCAAAUGGUCAAGAACAGUGUCAACGUGGCUCUAAAAGACUUCAAUCUCAACAAUCGAUCUGAUAUUGGAGCUGAAAAACGUGAGAAAGCACUUGCUUAG